AUGCAACUCCAUCUUCUUUUCACCGUCUUCGUUGGCGCUGCUUACGCCGCCACCCUUACGCCAGCUGACUGUGACUGUUUCACCGUUUGCGACAGCGACCUCCACGACGACGGCAACUGCUACAAUUCCAACAUUGGGUGCGGAACAUUUGAGGAGCCCACCUGCUGCGAAAUCUGCGGGUGCAACUGCCCUUAA